CUUCACGAGCCAACGGCGGCUGUUGUUAUCGUAAUAGAUGUUUACUGUUGGCAGUGUUAAUAUUGGUAUGUACGAGACUGAUAGUAAUAAUUAUAUAGGUUUAGCAUAAUUUCUUUUAGACAUGAAAUGUAAAAAGUGAGGGUAGAACAAAUAAUAUGGAGCCACACGAUGAUGAACUGGAAAACGACGCUACUCGUUUCAUGAAAGAUUUGAGUUUAUUUGAAGUGCCUUCCAAUGAUUAUUUUGAUUUUUCUUCUACCGUACCGAAGAAGUCGGAUACAUCGGCAAAUGAGGAGUUUGAAAAAAAAAGAGAAAUAUACGCAAAUCUGGACGUAUUUAGUCGUCCUCAUCUGUCGUGCCAGACUGCGACAGGAGAAAAACUUGUAGAAUCUACUUAUGGGAAAAUAUUAUCUCAAGCAGUUGACGCAAAACCUCAGGUUGGAUCCCAGAAUGGGACAGGAGGAUCUCUGUACCGUGGCCUUGGACCCGUAAAGUCGGGGGCAACCUCCUGCACAUCUGCCGUUGAAAAGCCUGUUUAUGGCGCGGGAGUCACAGAGACGCUAGGGAGUCCUUCAAAAAGGUUUGUGCCUCCUCAGGGGCAAGGGGUUACUAGUAACAAGUCAGGAGGGCCACGAUGUCUAGGUGCUAUAGAAAGUUUUGCUGUUGGAUCAAGCACAAAGGUAAAAGAACCUCCUGUAUAUACCAAAAUUGAUCGUGCUAGUGUAAUAGCAGCAUCCCGAACAGCUACACCCAAACAACCAAUUCCAACAACUGUUGUGGGUGGCCAAACAACUGAAAAUGGAACUUCAGGCAUUGUUAUUUCAAGUGGAUAUUCCCAGGGUUCUCGAGCAUUACCUGCAGUUCCAGGAUCCAUUGGGGUCGCUGGUGAGCUUCCUUCUGCCAAGGUACACUCGCAAAUAACACCAGCUGUUAGAGGACCAGACUCAACGCAUUCAAGUCCAUGCAGUAGCCUUAGUUCUUCUAGUAGAGAGUCACAACAUUCCAAUUCUCCACGUGCAAGUUUUGCAAGCCCCAUCUAUGAAAAUGUGCAAAAUUUGCAUGUGAACCAAUCUGUGAUUUCUUCAUAUGGUGAUUCCUUAUCAACUGGAGGAGGUGAAAUACCACAUCAAAAUAUGCAGACAUCCAGAAGUCUGGUCACUCAGUUAUCACCCAAGAAUUCCACAUCUUUAACAAGUGUAUUGCAUUCAAAGCCAGCAACAGUGGAAACUUCACUGUUAGGUGGAUAUACACAUUCCAGUGCUGGAGACUAUCCAAUAUAUGCUAAUUUACAGAAAAUUAGAGAUGAAGGUCAUUUUUCUGGUAGUGGAAUUAACAGAAAUAAUGGUUCCAAUUUAUUAAAGUCUGAAAAGUUAUUGAGAGAUAUUGAAGCUUUGGACUCCCACAGAGUUGAAGCAAAAUCGGACUCAUUUAAUCUGAGCCAAAUUCAUUCGAUUAUGGCACCUAAAGCAGCAUCUUAUACUUUGGCUUCCUCCUUUGCAACAAAUCGUAAUUUUCCACCUCCUGAAUAUGGGACUGUCCUUUCUCAGUUUCCUGCUGGUACACCUGAGACUUAUUCUAAUGUUAAGAGUGUUUUAUUGGGCACAAGUACCAGUCACAUCUCUGCACCAUCUAUGUCUCAGUCAACAAGUCUGAAUACCUCACACUUACCAAUGAGUUCUCAAGUGUUGAGGAACCUAGAACGUGCUCCACCACCUUAUGCGAGUUCUGCUGGAGCUCCAUUGGAUACACAAAGUUCUAUUCCACCAAAGUCAAUCUUGUGUGGUUCUGGCCCUGGUAAUGCAACAGUAGCCUCAGAUUACUCUAGAAAUCCUAGAGUAUCUUUGAACUAUCCUUCUCCCUACCUGAAUACCCCACCAGAACCAGCUCCUCUUCCAUCGCAGCAUGACCUUUCACCCCCACCUCCUGCUCCACCUCCUGGACGGUCAACACAGAGCCUAGGACUUAACUCUCAAUCAGAACCAUCUAGAAUGGCACAGCAACCACCACAGGUAGCCCCAAUGGCACAUCACACAAUUAGUCGUAAUGAUCUUCCCCCACCCCCUCCUUAUCCUGGAAUAGGGCAUAGGCCUAACACACUUAAUGCAAAAACAUUUUUACCAUACAAUGUGACUCCCCCACGACCAAAAGGCCCCACUGAAGCAGAAAAGAAACUUGAAGCCUUGACAAAACAACUUGAAGAUGAAAUGGAAAAUAACCCAGAAGGAGAAUUCUUUGGGUAUUGCCAUACAUGUGGGGAGAAGGUGACGGGAGCUGGCCAGGCAUGUCAGGCUAUGGGAAAUUUAUACCACACCAAUUGUUUCAUAUGUUGUUCUUGUGGCCGAGCUUUAAGAGGCAAAGCUUUCUAUAAUGUUCAUGGCAAGGUCUACUGUGAGGAGGACUACUUGUAUUCAGGCUUUCAACAGACAGCUGAAAAAUGUGCAGUUUGUGAUCACCUUAUAAUGGAACUGAUUCUACAAGCGAUGGGGAAGUCGUACCAUCCUGGUUGUUUUCGUUGUUGUGUCUGCAAUGAGUGUCUGGAUGGUGUUCCAUUCACCAUUGAUCCUAAUAACAAAAUUUACUGUGUUAAUGACUAUCACAAAAUCUUUGCCCCAAAGUGUGCAGCCUGUGGAAAGGCUAUAACCCCGGUUGAGGUACUGACAGAUCUUUCUCUAGUCUGUUUCUAAUUAACCU